AUGGCUGACCCAAAAUGGGAUAAGCAUUUGAGACCCCAACAGGUGGAGGUGGCUGAGAUGUUGUCUCCACGUCGGAAUCGGCUUAUUGCGCGACUUGGUAGCAAAGGCCUCAUUAAUGUAGACGAGGAGGACAGUUUCAUCAACUCAAAUAAGCCAGAAACGGACUUGGCCCAAGACAUUCUGAGGGUGCUACGUAGACAAGCUAAAGGAUCGUUUGACAAAUUUUGCGAUGUACUGCUGGAGGUUAAAGAUGACACGCUAAAUGCUGUAGAGAAGUCUCUUCGACCACAUCGUCAAACCAGCAUUGAAAAGUCUGUUGUUAGUGCCAGCAAGUCUGAGCAGAACAAAUCAAUUUAUUUUUAUGUGAAAAAAGAGUUACUAGAAGACUUCAACGAACAGUCAGCUUGUUGGGACCAAUUAAAACUUACCUUGUCUGGUAAAUUUGAAAUGCCAGCGGAAAACAUUCAGUUCUCUCCUGCAGUUGAUCGGCCAUUAAAUUUUGAUCCAGACAAGAUUAUUUAUGUUGUCCAAGUUGCUGAGAAGGCUUUGGUUACUAUUCUUUUUGAGGGAAUUGGAACAGCUGAGAUGCAAACAGAGAAGGACAGGAUCAUUAAUUUACUGAAUUCAACUACUAGGAAAUGCAAGAAAUCUCAAAUUGAAAUUAUUCAAAUUUUGGAAGACGAGAGUUGCAAACUGGUUCUUCGGUUACCGGGAUUGGCAAUGUUGCAUCUCAUGAUUGCUUUCUUCAGUCAACAAACCAGCCCAUUGUUUCUUCAGAAACUUGCAAAAGUUUUGCCUGAAUCAGCAUAUGAAGUCAGCUUUGGGUUUGCCUCACUUCCAGAUUAUCCAGCAAAAUUACCAAAAUUGCGCCCAAUGCCAAAAUUGGGAGACAAAACUCGACAUUUUAUUGGACAUCAACAAAAAGGAUCUGCAUUGAAUGUGUAUCAGAUGAACAAGAGGACUUCAGCGUUACUGUCAACAAUGGAAUUACAAUUGACAUCUGGGAACAUCAACAAACAUGUCAGUGGCAUGUUUGAUGUUGUGGAUGAUUUAACUGAUGAUCUGGAAGAGUGUAAACGACAGAUCAAUCAGAGACAUAAACAGCUACGUCUCACAAAGACUUUGAACACACACGACAAGAUAGUGCUGGGCGAACUUGGAAAGGGCAAAAUUGAAGUUGCACUACUGCAGAUGAAUCAAGACAGACGCUCAGUUGCUGAUUGUUAUGCAAGAAUGAAACUGAAUGAGCACAACUGUACGAAAGAUAUAUAUGACCUACCUGGCGUGAUUAAUGGUUUUCAAGGGAUUGUACACGCGCAUUUGCCACAAACAUCAGGAGAAAAAGUGGAAGCGUUAACAGCACAUUGUCACACAUUUAUGGAAGGACUGCAAACUAGAAUAGGCAAUCUGAAACUUUUUAUGAAGCAUGAUCUAUACAAAAUUGACAAACCUGAUCGAGAAGAUGCUGGUGACAUGCUACGAGUUGAAGUCGUCAAUUGGAAAACCGGACAAUUAGAAGUGUUCGCACCAAAGGUCGACAAGUUCAACGGGCUGGAGUUUGAUCUUGAAUAUGCAAGUUUUUCUCGAUUUCCUGAGGAAAUUUGUCAAAUGAGGAAACUGAAGGUAUUGAGACUUUGUAUAGACAACAUACACUCUAUACCAAAAACUAUUGCCAAACUGAGGGCACUGGAAGAGAUUUAUUUGGUUACAAGUCACUACAUGAGGUCUAGUACUCAACGACCAUUAGCAUCAGCCUUAGGUCUGCAGGAGGUCCCUACUGUUGUUUGUGAUCUUCCAUGUCUUAAGGUUUUGUCAGUGUGUGAUAACUCUGCAUUCCCAUUGCUGUUUGAUGAGCUAAUGUCAUGUCAACUGCCCAGUACUCUUGUGGAAGUGGAAAUGGUGAGAUGUGGUUUGACACAAGCGACUUUGUCUGUGAUCUGCAACAAUGUGAAACUGUGGAGAUUGGAUUUAUCAGGCAACGAUCUGCAGUCUUUUGAAUAUAACAACACAGGGACGAUACGAAAGUUAACAGUCUUGAAUGAUUUAGAAAAGCUGGAUUUGUCAUUCAACAGAAAUCUCCACACAUUUACAUUAGCAGGUCUCACCAAAUUGAAAGAGUUGUAUUUGAGUGGCUGUAAGAUACAGCAGCAACAAUUACAAAUGAGUGACCUCCAUCAUUUAGAGAAUCUGAAUUUGAGUGGAAACAAACUAGGAGUAUUUCCCACAUUUUCAAGUUUGCAGCAAAUGAAUUUACAGUCAUUGGAUUUGUCUAACUGUGAUUUAGAAAAGAUACAGUCAGAGUUGAUGUUAUUUAAUAUUUCCUUUCUGCUGGAUCUUUCUUAUAACAAGAGAUUAUUGUGUCUUUCCAACAAGAUAUGGAAUGGACUGAACUUGAAGAUAUUGGAUCUAAGUGGUUGUGGUAUAUCAAGUAUACCCAAUACAGAAGUCAAAAUUGAGAAAGUUGACUUGUCAUUCACUUCUGUCACUCAUCUUCCCAAGAAAUUUGUCUUUAGCCCUAAACUUCAGGAAUUGGAUGUGGAAGGAUGUCCACUAGUGUCUCCACCCAUUGAAGUGUGUGAACGAGGCAUCAGUUCUAUAAGAAAAUAUUUGGAUGAGCUGGAAAGGGAGGGUGGAGUACGACGUGGCAAAAUAAAGAUUCUAGUGAUGGGAAUUACAAAGGCAGGAAAAACAAGCCUCGUUGAAGCACUGGAGAGUGGUAACCCAUUUCUGGCAGAACCCGAUGAGAGAACUAUAGGUGUGGAAGAAACAACCAUGAAGCUGGAUGAUAAAAUAGAAUGCAAAUUGCUUGACUGCGGUGGGCAUAAAGCAUACACGCUAACCAACCAGCUGUUCAUCAGUGACAAUUCGUUGGCAUUGAUUGUCAUUGACUGCAGUCUGUAUCAAUUUACUGCACAAUGUUUUCGUAGGAAUAUUGGAGAUUUCCUGCAAGUUUUGUACGAGAGAAACAGCAGAGCUCACGUUGCUGUUGUGGUCAGUAAAGUCGAUCUGAUGGUCGACAUGUCAAGAGAAGAAAUGAGUAGAAAGUGGAAUGAACAUCUACACACUCGUCUACUUCAAUUCCUGGGGAUCAGACAAGUUCAGAUCAAGAGAAUGGCAGCAACCAUUGCAGCCGGUGAUUCUCAUGAAAACAAAUACGUGUCGGAACGUCUUCAAUUUUUUGAAUUCCAACGAAUAACUGUUGAAGAAAAGGUCAUACUGACGAGUGCAACCACACACGAAGGAGUGGUCAGUCUAAAGGAUCGUUUAAAAGAAUUGUGUGGAGAUGAACGUUUGCUGCCUUCACUGCACACAGAGUUGCCAUCAUCAUGGGUGACUGUAGAAGACAAGUUGGUUAUACCACAACCUCACACGUCUGUCCCCAUUACAGAUGUCUCUUAUGCAAUGCAAGUGUGUGCAAAGCACGGCCUGACAGAAGAAAUGUGUCUUGAGUUACUAACCUACCUGAACAAGGUUGGAAGCAUUCUGUAUUACUCGUAUCAAAAGACUUUAUCACAAGUUCUAUUUCCUGUUCCACCAUUUGUGGUCAAUGUACUGAAGGCUGUUUUCAGACACGAUCAUCAUCUUUUAGAAUAUGACUAUCGCUUUAUUGGAGCAGACAUAGAUCCCAACCAAUUUGCAGAAAUGAAGUCUGACCUUGUUUGUAACGGCAUUGCGAGGGUGUCUAUGCUGCUAGCGUUGUGGAGUGAGUUCCACCUUACUGCAGAUCGUCAUGUGGACGUGUUUUUUAAGCUUUUUCUUGCUCUUGAUUUUGCUUAUCUCACUGGCUCAUCAGAUGUUGUAGUUCAGGAACUGGCAGACACUCUUGAUAGACACGAGAUUACAUCAACUGUGUCAAUGUCUACAGACACCAUCAGCACAACAUCAGAUUCAUAUAAUCAAAUGAGAGGAGGAAGUCAGCAAGCAGAUCAGAUGGACAGUUGCAAAGAACUGAUUUGCAAGCUAAAACAACAUAAUGUUGGCUUGUUGUUGCCAUGGUUACUGAAUGACGAAGAACCGGAUGAUGUGAGUCAGUUUUGGUGUGCAGAGGUAGCAGAUGAAGUGAUGCAAGCUGUUGUCGAAUAUUCGUUUGCAUAUAAUUGUCCUCUGGGUCUUUUUGAACGACUGUCUGCUCGUUGUCAUCGUCAUCAUCCUAAUUAUAUUCGUCACUGGAGCAGUGGACUGCUGAUGUGUUAUGGUGCGAUGACUUUGCUGUUCAAUUGCAGCAAGAAUACUUCACCUGGCUUUCUACGUCUCAGUGCUAGAGUAGUCAAGUCACAUCACAGUGUUGGCAGAUUGUGGCAUGUUCUUCUGCGUUGUGUGUCAGAUGUGGAGGAUCUUCUCCAGUCUGUUCCUGGUGUUCUUUUUGGUCGAUCCAUCUGCAGUGAGAGUUUGUCCACCACAAGUAUAAGUUCUCUUCCCAAUCAGCCUAAGCAUGUCAUUCUAAAUGAGAAGUGGGGAUCAUUUGCAGUAGAAACUGUAGCUGGAUGUUACCGUGGAGACAUUUUAGAUCAUGUAGAAGAAAUGAAACAAGUAUCUCCAAGUGUAAAGGAAGGUAUUCCUCUGUCUCAAGUUGUUUCACCAGCAAGUGGCGCUUUAGUGAGUCGAAUGAUGCUUGAACAGAUAGCAGCAGAUAUAGGAAAGUGGUGGCCUAAACUAACAAGUAUUAUUGGUACUGACCAGUCUACAGUGUCGGAGCUGCGUGAGAACUAUUCUGAUCCUACUUUUGCCCCAGCAGCAGCAUCUCGUAUAUUAAGUGAGUGGCAAGAAUUAAGAAAUAACCGAUUGCAAGUAUGUGAAUUGUAUGAUGCUCUACUGGUUGCUGACAUUCCAUCUUUACCACAACGGCAUUUGAGUGAUUUCAUGUCACCCGAUGCAGCAUCUGGAUUAGCAAAAUCUAAAGAGACAGCUGCACGUGGUGAGACAAGUCGAGCUGACUCUGAGAUGGUCACUCCACUCAUCAUAGAGAAAGUAGCCGAAAAUGGUUCAGAGCGUUGGCAUGAAAUUGGCAUAUACCUUGGAGUUUCACAUUCAGUGCUGACUGAAUGUGACCAACCUUUGUACACAUUGAAAGAAAAAUUACGUAAAGUUUUGUCAGCUUGGAGAAAUGAGAACAGACAAGCUACAGUUGGUCAGUUGUUGUCUGCUUGUGAUAAAGCUGGAGUAGGUGGAAUAGUGAGUAGAGUAUUGGACAGUGAUAUACCACACUGAAUGAAUUUCAUCCAUUUACAGAAAAUUAUGUAUAUAUUUUAAUAAAAAAUUGUGGUUCAAUUGAUAAAAUUAAAGUGGUGAGUAAUAAAAUUUUG